GUUGACAAUUGAAUUUUGAGAAAAGUCACGGCAUUACAAACAAUUUUUCGUCGUUAUAGCUAUCGGGGAGUAAAUUUUGUUUUCGUAAGUUUAGUUAAUUAAACAAUAUCGAAACAUUAAACAAUAGAAAUGUUUCGUAACCAAUACGAUAGUGAUGUGACCGUUUGGAGUCCUCAAGGGAGACUACAUCAAGUAGAAUAUGCAAUGGAAGCAGUUAACCUAGGUUCCGCUACAGUUGGCUUGAAAAGUAAAACUCAUGCUGUACUUAUUGCAUUAAAAAGAGCUUCGUCGGAACUAUCGGCUUACCAAAAGAAAAUUAUCAACAUCGAUGAUCAUAUUGGAAUAACCAUUUCAGGACUUACAGCUGACGCUAGAAUCCUAAGUAGAUAUAUGAGAAAUGAGUGUCUCAAUUACAAGUAUUCGUUAGAUACUUAUAUGCCGCUGAAUCGUCUUAUUAGUAUAUUAGGUAACAAAAUGCAACAUUGUACUCAACGGUAUGAUCGUAGACCUUUUGGGGUCGGUUUAUUAGUAGCUAGUUAUGAUGAAUCUGGUGCUCACAUUUAUCAGACUUGUCCUUCUGCUAAUUUUUAUGAUUGUAAGGCCAUGUCUAUUGGAGCGAGAUCCCAAAGUGCUAGAACUUAUUUGGAAAAACAUUUAGAUGAGUUAACGUCUUGUUCAUUGGAAGAAUUGAUUAAACAUGGUUUAAGAGCUUUAAGGGACACUUUACCUCCAGAAGUGGAUCUAAAUACCAAAAACGUAUCAAUAGGAUACGUUGGUAAAGGUCAAAACUUUAAAAUUCUUGAGGAAGAAGAAACGUCUCCGUAUCUAUCUCUAAUUGAAGGUGAAGAACGUAGGGGUGGCGGAGGAGGUGGUGCUGCAGCAGAUGAUCUUCCUGCUGAUCCGCUUAGAGAAGAUGCGGGGGACGAAGCUCCCAGGGAUCCGGUCCCGACCGUAGCAAUGGAUACUACAGAAUAAUAAAAAUAGAAAAAUGUGGUAUUACGAAGUGUGGAUCGUUUCGGUGGAAUUUUGGAUAUUGGAAAAACUUGUCGCCGUGGCUGUCUCUAUUUUUAUAAAUAGAGGCAGCCACGGCCUUUCUCGAAACGGAACCAUGUUAUUAAUGCUAUUUUUUAUGUGUCUCAAAAUUUUUCAUUAAUAAAUUUACUGAUUGCUUUUCC